GAUGUGGGAGGGGAUCCUUUCAACCAACAUCAGUAAACGUCAACAUUAUUUAGAUAUGUACCCUGAAAAUGAAUCGUAGUGAGGGUUUUGUUAAAAGAAGGAAUGUAACAAGGGAAAAUAGUGAGGGUUUAAACAAAGAAGAACAAAAUAAUGAUAAGAAAUCGAGCCGCGACGAAGAUAUCGACGAUGGUGAUUCUAAAGAAACAAGGUUGACGUUGAUGGAAGAGGUCUUGCUCCUUGGUCUCAAAGAUAAAGAGGGUUACACGUCUUUUUGGAACGACUGCAUUUCCAGUGGCUUAAGAGGAUGUAUUCUAAUCGAAUUGGGGCUUCGAGGGCGGGUCGAACUGGAGAAAACUGGUAUGAGAAGAAGAGGCCUUCUUGCGAGGAAACUAAUUAUUAAAAGUGACACCCCCAUUGGAGACGUACUUCUGGACGAGGCUUUAAAACAUCUUAAGGAGACGGAACCACCAGAAACAGUUCAAAGUUGGAUUGAAUACUUAAGUGGAGAAACCUGGAAUCCAUUGAAACUGCGAUAUCAGUUAAAGAAUGUUAGAGAACGUUUGGCAAAAAAUUUAGUUGAAAAAGGUGUGCUUACCACUGAAAAACAAAAUUUUUUAUUUUUUGAUAUGACCACACAUCCCCUAACAGACAAUGUCACAAAAAGUCGAUUAAUCAAGAAAAUUCAAGAUGCCGUUCUCUCCAAAUGGGUAAAUAAUCCUCAACAGAUGGAUAAACGGAUGCUAGCUCUGAUAUUCCUAGCACACGCAAGUGAUGUACUCGAGAAUGCUUUUGCACCUCUCAACGAUGAUGAUUAUGAAUUAGCAACUAAACGAGUAAGAAAACUCCUAGAUUUGAAUUUCGAAGAAGAAGCCAACAAACCAAACACAUCUGAUGUGUUGUGGGCUGUUUUCGCUGCUUUUACUAAAUAAAAAGUGUAACAAGUAUGGUUAUUUUUUGCCAAAUGACCAAUACCUCAAAAUCGAAACUAAUUUUAGAUCUUUUGAGGUAUAGAAUUAAAACCUUAUAAGUUUAUUUGAUGGUUUACAGGUAACUUUUAUAGUAUUCAUAAUUGUUUACAUACUAACGAUACGAUUAGAAAUAACAUUAGGACGCUGAAGUACUUAUACAACUACAUAUUGUUCUCAUGUAUUUUCUGGUCGUAUAGUCCAAUAUAUGUCUCCGCUUUUUAUAAAACUCUUUGUUCUCAGGUAAAUAAAGUAUUAUUUCCAAAAUCUAUAUUUGGGACAUUACUGUAAAGCCUCAUUUGACUUAGAGGAAAUUAAAAUUGCUAUAAAAGUUUCAUCCCAUUUGCAAAACAUUCGUAUUUUAUAUUUUUUUACUAAGUAUCACAUCUUUUAGGACCUUUAUAUCUAAACAAGAGAACUAAGAGACUUAUUAAUAUUCAGUUCAGCGGGAUGCUAUUACUCAAUUUGUGAAAUUAUAUAUAAACAAUGGAUCAUUUUAUGAAACAGUUAGAUCCCUUGUUUAUGGAUUUUCACACCUUGUAAAAUAGUACCACUCAGCUGAAUACUAAUGACUCUUAGUUCGCUGGUUCCACUAUACAUAUUUAUUUUCAUAUUUAACAUAGCAUAAUUUUUGAGAUUCCUUCAAAAAUAUAACGUCUAUGAAAUAUCACUAUUAAAUACAAAUUUUAAAGUAUAUAAUAUAUAGCUUCAAAAAUCAAUCUGAGAACAAAGAGUGCUAGUAUCAUGUUAUUUAAACCAAUUGAUUUUUCUAAAUUUCUAUAUCAGUUAAUAGUGUUGUUUUAUGAACUUGUUGACUGAGUAGGAGCAUUUUUCGAUUCCAAAACCAUGGAUAUUAAUUUCUUUAUGGGUAGUUUUUUUUACUAUGGGACAUUUCUUUGUACACAAGCAAAUUUUAUUAACACUGGACCCUAGAUGGUCAUUUCAUUUCUUGAAAUAACUUUUUUCCUUCAAAAUAUCCUUUUUCUUUAAUUUUCUCUACAUUUUUUUAAAUAUGUAUAUUCCUCGUCUUUUUUGUAUCAACAUUGUUAUAAGCUUUUUUAUUAAACAGUAUUCCAGGUUUUAUUUGGAACAUUUGGGAAUAUAACUUUGAUCCAGAAUUAUUCCAGUCUGAGUCUGUAUUCAAUCUUGUCCAGAUUACAGAGAUGCUCUAGUAAUCGUGGAAGCUUAGCAGUACUGGAAGACUAGGAUUUUGAUUGAGAUGUGAUAAUUUUGAUUCUUUGAAGUAAAUAUUGGAUUAUAUAUUUUUUUAAUAAUCAUAUAGACGAAACAACAUUUUAGUCUUGAUUCUCUCGUGUUAUUUGCUCUUACUGAAAAGUAUUGAUCAACUUUUAAAUAAAGAAAAUACUGUACCUCAAAAAUUAUGUAUUUAAAAAUUCGGUGGAUGUUAUUUGGUAAAGGAUUACCAAAUAACACUUUUCCUUGAAUAUAUAUAUAUUGAACUUUUUAUUUUGUAAAUUUUUGUUAGGUUUAGAAUUAUUGAGUAAUUUUACAACAUAUUAUCUAAUUUAGAGUUUUAGAUUUGUAGGUAACCUUGAAAAUAGGGUAGUCCCUUUUUAGAUUAUUAGAUUUUGGUAUACCUAAACAAGAGCACUAGAGGACGCAUUUAAUAUUCAGUUCAGCGGAAUGCUAUUGUUUGAUUUGUGAAAUUAUACAAACAAAGGAUUAUUUCAUGAAACAGGUAGGUCGCUUGUUUGUGGAAUUUCACUCGCUGAGCUACCCCGUUCAGCUGAAUAUUAAUGACUUUCUUAGUUCUCUGGUUCACCUAUAUCACUAAUUGAAAACACCUUAUUUAAUUUUACAGUAUACUUAAAAACCAUAAAAUACAUCUUCGUACAUUGUCUUCAGUUAUUUAAUAGUAACUAUUAAGUGCUCUACUCAGUGGCAACCUCACCUUUACUUUCAGUUUAUCCUUUCAUUAUAAAACAUAACAAAUUCUUCUUUUGUAUCGAUAAGUCCUGGUCCUUGUGCAAUGUUAUAGUCCCCAAGAAUUUUUUAUUGUGUUAUUAUUAUUAGAAUCCUGUUUUGCAUUACUUAUUAUUUUUAAUAUAAUAGAUCUUUAGCCUAUGAUCAUCAUUUCAUCACAGACAUCUUGUUUUAUUGUGCUGCUGACACUUCUAGUCCAUAUUUUAACUCUAUACAGUAAUAUAGUAAACAAAUUAUAUAUACCCUAUUCCAUGAAUAUAUGACUGUCUUGAAUUAGGGCGAAAACCAAUAUUUCACUGUGAAAAAUAUGAAUACCGAAAGUAAUUUUCAAAUUACAUUGUUGUUUAUUGGAAUAAUAAUUAGAACAACCAAUUUACUUUCAUACUUAUGUUGGCCACUAAAAUAUUCGUUGUCGCGAUAAUCCAAAACAGUCGUAUAUUCAUGGAAUAGCCAUUAUUGUUAGUUAUAUCAGUAUUUUUUUGUAAAAAGUAACCUACUGUUUGUAUUACAAUCUGUCCUUGUAAGCUACCUUAUAGAAGAUGUGAUAAAGUACUUUAGUAUGCUACCAGAUAGUGUGAUACUAAUAUGACAAAAUAAACAUUACUGUUUUUAACAAGUCAGUCUUUAUUUCUUUAUAAUGAUUUCUAUAUGGAAGAACUUGUGAGGAUAAUUCUGAAACAAUAAAUUUCAAUACUGGCUAACAUUUAGAAGAUAUUGUUAAAAACUAUACUAGCAAUGGUAUGUUACUCAAAAAGAUCACUGAAGCUUACAGCUUCAAUCUAUACUAUAGAUAUAUCAAAUUAUCAGUUUUGUGAUAAAAACUGAUGGAAUUUCUUAACUGAUUUUUUAUGUUGAGUCUUUUGGAGACUGUAUGCUCCAAAUAAUUAAUUUAUAAAUACUAUAGUGCUGUAUAUAAUGCAUAUGAUUAAAUUUUUUAUAUGUUCUGUUUAAAUAUCAAAAUUCAAAAACAAUCAAUCAUCACAUAAUACAUAUUUAUUUGUGGUGCUUAUCUCUAUAUUUGCUAGAUUCUAGACUACAUAUCUAAAUUUACUGAAUUAAACAAAAGUUUUAGUUAAAAGACUAGUAUUGUCAGUAUUCCAAAAAAAUAUUUUUUAAUAAAAUAUUCAUAAUACAUAGAUACAUUUUUAAAUUGCUGUUAUUUUCAAGGUUGCCUGCAAACUUAACAAUAUUUAUUAGCAUAUACCAUAAUGUUAACUGGCCCUUUCAAUUAAUUAUUUGUAUAAACUGUGAUAGUCUGUCACUUACAUGCUCUAGACGAAUAUUAUCUAAACAAAGAUUCUCUAAAAAAUAUUCCCUAAAAAACUAAUAAUUAAUUUCAAAGUGUUCUGCAAACAUCAUGUAGCAGCUGAUAAUGUUGUAUAUAUAAAAUUUAUAUUAUAUUAUAUUGAUUCAUAAUUAUGUUGAAGAGAUGUUUUUAUGAAACAGUUCUUGAGCAGUUUCUUUGCAUUAUGGUUAUUGCUUUACUACAAAUUAAAUAUAUUUUUGUUCUGUCUUUGCUGUAAUUUAUUUUUACAUUGCAAAAAUAUUGAUAUUUUAAUUUGAGCACCGUUCUUUAUACAUUAGCAGUGAAAUGGCAUGUGGCAAGAUGGAAUAAUUAUCAAUACAUAAUUAAUUUGUUACAAAAUUUAUAGUACACUGAAAAUAUGUUUCCAACUUCACAUUUUUUAAGUAUUUGUAUUAGUGUUAAUUUAACUUUCUAUGUUUAGAUAAAUGUCAUACAUAUAAUAAACCUAAAUGUCUA